AUGGCUUCUGAACUUGUGAAGAAGACUCAGAGUAUCACCACAGCAAAGGACAUGAGAGAGUCCACCCACCUCAUAAUGAAACCUUAUGCCAACUGGGAGGAGUAUCUGACACCAGCACCACUCUCCAUAGCCGUACUGGGAGAACUUGUCUUCCUUUCCUCUAACAAUGAGUUCUCUAUCAACAAAAACCCACCCAAAGAUGGCUACAAGUACAUCAAAUACCCAGAGUCAUUCCGUGCCUGCCUCAUGCAAGUGUGUAACUCUGGCUGGGGGGCUUUUAAUGAAGCCCAUAAGAGUAUGGAUCAGAUCCGCCUUCACGCUUCAACUGUACCAGACCACAUGAAGACAACAAAGAAGAUCCUGCUUCAGGGAAGUGAUGAGGUCAUCCAGGCCCACCUACCCGACCAGCUGCGGAACAUUCAGGCUAUUGCAGAUGAUUGUGUGGAGCUGGCCAUUGCAGCAGAAAAGAAGUUUGAGGACGUCAUCAAUAUCAUUCAAGAACUCCUUGAGGCGUGUGUGAAUGCAAAAUCUUGUUAUGGAGAAGAGCUAAAUGAAAUAAAAAAGAAACUGGAGCAGGCCAAACUGAGGAAGCAGUUAGCACAAGAAGCCGAUGAACUAUCUAUGAAGAUGAUGAAGUCAGUUGAGAAGCAAUUAGGUGAGGCUCACGAGAGCUACAAGAAAGCAAUGGAUUCUCUCCCUAGUGGAUGGGAGAUGAUUGGCAUGGAUUUUGUUGCAGGAAUAACAGAGCGUAUAACAGGUCUACUAAAUGGAGCAACAUCCGUUGCUACCAAGCCUAUUAAUCUAAUGUGUGAUGGAGCAAGAAAGGUUAAGGGUACAUAUGACAACAUAAGAGGUAAGGAUGAUGCAGCAAAUGACAUUGAUAUAAUAAACAUCUACAGCAAGUCCGGAGAAAUUCUCCAGACUAUAAAAAUUCUUGGACAAUACAUUAAAGAGAAGGAUAUUGACUGGAAGGAAUUGUAUGACCAGAAGGAAAAAGAACCCAAAACAAAAUUUGCAUCAGGGCAGUUAGAAAGGAUUCAAAGUAGCUUGGAAAGCCUCCCAGACUGCAAACCAAAAACCAAUGCGCUAUCCAUAUGUGAAAAAGGAAUCAACAUCUGUCAGCAGCUUGCAGAGUGUGCACCUACAGGUCAGUGUAGCAGAGAAAAAACACAGGAGAUUAUCUGUAACUGGAAAGAGCUCAUUAAAUCAGCCCGUGCUUUUGACAGCAAAAGCAAGAGUGUCACAAAGUCUCCGUCCAUGACACCAAAACCACCAAUGAUGUACAAACAGGAGAAUAACAGUGAAAGGUCUGGUAAAAAGUCUGCAGGAAAAAGGGCCACAGAAAAUGCUCGCUUCCGUAUUGAGCAGACCAGAGCACAACUGGACAAGACAAGAGAGACGUAUGAGAAGUGUGUGGAGAACAUGGAGAAGAACCAGAAGGAGCUGACUGACAUUUUGGUCACCAUGAGAAACUGUCAGAUCAAGGAGAUUGACUUUAACACCACCAUAGAGAUGCUGGUCAAAGGUAUGGAUGCCAUGGGUAAAGUGAAGGAACAAUGGAAGAAGUUGGUACGCUUCUUUCAGAUGGUGUCUAACAUUGUGAAGACCAGCAUGAGCAAAACUCUCAACAAUUUUCUUACAACAUCUGAGAAAACACAAAAACUGUCCUAUAACUCCAAGCUGUUCUCAAAAGACCUGCUCUACAACCAGGCCUUCCAGGCAUCUAACAUCGCCAGUCUUGUCCACAUGAUCUCAGAAACCUACACUGACGUGUCCAACAAGUACCUGAUGGACAGAGUCAGUAGUCUGGGAAAACUCAUGGCCAUGGAUAAGAGUAAACCAGAGUUUGAACAAGAGCGUCUACAGCUACAGAAGGGGUGUGAUGAAGCACAGAAAGGUAUUCUACAACUGGUCAUCAAGAACAAAAAAGACUUUGAGAGGAGCGCUGAUGCAAGAUUGAAGAAAAUUGAGGGGGAAUUGUUGGCCAUUCUACCAGCUGCAGCACCUGAAGAAACCAAAGCCAUUAAAGAAGCUGUUCAAGCUGGAUUCACUGAGGAAGAGGAAGAUGCCUAA